GAAUGUCAAUCACUGGUUACAGCCAGUAGUAGAAGCGGACCAGCGGAGUGGGCGUUUCCCGCUCAGGAGUCGAUCUCCCGUCGGGGCGGAACAAAUCCCAAAGUGAAUGUCCGCUUUCUGAUUUAUUUCCAUUUCCCUCCGAGGGAAGUCGGGGCGUUUGUGAAGCGUCUCCUGCGGCCGGAGUCUGAUGUAUCACUGAGAGAAACUUUUAAUGGCACCGUGAUUACCCAGAAAGCGCUGCGAUAAUAAAUUCGCCGGCUCUGAAGCCCCGAUUAAAUGCGCAGGCGUCAAAGAUGCGAAUGUUGCGCAUGCGCAGUUCACAAAAGGCCUCGGGAACUCGGCGCAGGUUAAAAAUGACAAGGAAUUUGUUAAUGGAAAUUCAAACACAACACACCAGUUUUGUCUAGAUAUUUAAGAAGUGCAACAAGGGAUUCAAUCAACAAUCCUUCCUGCUCAGACUGUGGGGAGGAAUUCACUCAGUCAUCUAACCGACUGGCACGCCUGUUAUUUUACACGGGGGAGAGGCCAUUCACCUGCUCAGACAGUGGGAGUGGAUUCAGUUGGUCAUCACAACUGAAGGUACAUCAGCAAAUUCACACUGGGACAAGGCCAUUCACCUGUUCUGUGGGUGAGAAGGGAUUCAGUCGGUCAUCCCACCUGUGGACACACCAGUCAGUUCACACUGGGCAGAGGCUGGUCAUCUGCUGAAUUUGUGGGGAAGGAUUCUCUCGGUCAUCUGACCUAAUGGCUCAUCAGCGAGUUGACACCAGGGAGCAGCCGUUCACCUGCUUGGACUACGGGAAGAGAUUCACUGAAUCAUCUAAGUUGAAGGUACAUCAACGAGUUCAUACUGGGGAGAGGCCAUUCACCUGCUCAGACUGCGGAAAGGGAUUCACUUGGUCAUCUCACCUACUGCUACAUCGGUUAGUUCACACUGCAGAGAGGGAUUUCACCUGCUCAGAUUGUGGGAAGAGAUUCACUCACUCUUCCACCCUACAGAGACACCAGUCAGUUCACACCAGGGAGAGGCCGUUCACCUGCUCAGUCUGUGGGAAGAGAUUCACACAGUCAUCACACCUACAGAGACACCAGCAAGUUCACACUGGGGAGAAGCCUUUCACCUGCUCAGACUGUGGGAAGAGAUUCACACAGUCAUCACACCUACAGAGACACCAGCAAGUUCACACUGGGGAGAAGCCUUUCACCUGCUCAGACUGUGGGAAGAGAUUCACACAGUCAUCCACCCUACAGAGACACCAGUCAGUUCACUCUGGGGAGUGGCGGUUCACCUGCUCAGAAUGUGGGAAGGGAUUCACACAGUUAUCCAAACAACUGGCACACCAGUCAGUUCACAGUGGGGAGUGGCCAUUCACCUGCUCAGACUGUGGGAAGGGAUUCACUCGGUCAUCUGAUCUGCUGACACACGGGCGAGUUCACACCGGGGAGAGGCCAUUCACCUGCUGUGAAUGUGGGAAGGGAUUCGCUCGGUCAUCUGAUCUACAGAUACACCAGCGAGUUCACACUGGGGAGAGACCAUUCACCUGCUCAGUCUGUGGGAAGGGGUUCCAUCAAUCAUCCAACCUUCAUAGACACCAGCGAGUUCACACUGGGGUGAAGCCGUUCAACUGCUGUGAAUGUGGGAAGGGAUUCACUCGGUCAUCCUCACUAUUAGCACAUCAGCGAGUUCACAGUGGGUAGAGACCGUUCACCUGCUCAGAACGUGGGAAGGGAUUCACUCAGUCAUCCAAUCUACAGAGACACCAGCAAGUUCACUUCGGGUAAAGGCCGAUCACCUGCUGAGACGUUGGGAAGUGUUUUCUCAGCCAUCUCCAUCAAAUGUGCAUCAUUGGGUUCACACUGUGGAGAGGCCGUUCACCUGCUGUGAAUGUGAGAAGGGAUUCACUCAGUAAUCUAACCUUGUGACACACUGGGGAGAAAGUUUCAAUAAGCUGCAUGCUGGAUAUUUGUCCAUCACUGUUGCAGAAUGCAAUUUCGAGAGUGACUGUCGGUGCUGAACUCUGCAAUCAUUGCUGCUAUACACCACACACAGUUCUGCACCCUGGUCACUGGGCAUGGGAGGAGUUUCUACUGCUGCACAUUCACCUUUAAUGGAACUGGAUCUGAGACAAAUAAAUCAAUUCUAUUUUAAACUCUGUCUCUGGUACUUAGUGCAUUUAUAACACGCCUAGUGUACAGUAGAGAGUCAACUCAGGCCAGCUGGACCCUGCCAGUUAUUCAUUUCCAUGACAGUCUAUUUAAAUCCGGCCCCCCCUGUUGCUCAUCUCUCACUCUCCCUCUGGUGAUGGGUUCCAAACAGUCAUCAUCUGUGGGUGAAAACGUUUCCCUUGAAUUUUCUGCAGACUGAAGAAGUCGAGCUGAUUACAGUUCUGUCUGAGAUGUUCUUCACCCCUCAAAUCUCUGGGCUGAGGAAGAAUGAUAUUGGUUGUUAAUCUCCAUAAUCACGACUAAUUUCCACAUUAUGGGUCAUUUUCCCUGCUGCUAAAGGGUUUUUAGAGAACAUCACUGUCCUCUAAAGGCCGAAAACAGAAUGGGAAAACAUCAGUUGGAUGUUUAACUGAGCAGGGUCAGAUACCAGAGGUGGGUCUGCACAGGGCUGAAUUUGGGGCUCUGGACGAUGGUCGGGUUAAGAACUUAUGAUGAGGAGAAGGGAAUCAGCAGCGGGGUGUGGCAACAAAUGUCAGAGUAGCAACAACAUUUGGAAGCUGAUUGACAGAGACAAUCAUUCGAUUGACUGAUGACACAAACAAUGCCUAUGGUGAGGUUCUCCACUGGUUGAGGUACAUGUGUGUUGGGAAUGGUUUUAUCCAUUGAGGGUCUUGUUCCUGCUUGUUUAUCCAGUAAUAUUAUAUCCAGAUGGUUAUCAUGGAUUAUCCUCUCUGAAAUAAUGUAUUGAUUAUCAUAUAAUUUGUACAAACGUUUGUAAGAUCUUGACUCUAAAACUGGGUCAGGCUUGAAUUCAUGGUGCCUUUAUUAAGUUAUGGUGGGCAUUGAUGAGUUUGUAUUUUAAAGCAAGAUUUUGAUGAAUGAUAUUUGCCACUUGAUUGUACCUUUGUAGGUAAUCAGAUUGAAUUAAACUGCUGCGGGAU